AUGCCUCGUCGCGCAUCAAACACACCCAGGUCGCAGUCGACACUGUCCUUCGGAGCCCGGGCCCGAGUCACCAAACCAGUCACCGCACCAUCCCACAAAGCCAAGGCCCUCGACUCGACUCCAGCGCUCUCCGACAAAUCUGCCUCCACCCCAGAGCCCCAGCAGCUGUCCGUCACCCCAAAAGAACCCUCCAAGCCCCAUGUCGCAGAGCUAGCGGUGCGACAACAAGCCGCAGUCGAACACCAAGCGCCCCGAUCUGAAGAGGACAACCGGGCACUGAAAUUGAACAAGCAGGAUAUCUGGCGAUAUUGGCGGGCUCAAGAGCAGGCCCGCAAGACACCUAGUGCCCACCAGCAAGGCAUGGAUGUGGAGGAAAAGAUUCUCCGGCAUUUCGAUCUUUCCAGCCAAUAUGGGCCCUGUAUUGGAAUUGCUCGAGUCAAGCGGUGGAGACGCGCUAAUCAGCUGAAGCUCAACCCGCCCAUCGAAGUCCUUGCGGUUCUUCUCAAGGGGAAGGAUAUAAGCGAGCGAGCAUAUAUUGAUGAAUUGUUAUCCUGA